CUGCACCACUGAUCAUCGCAUGCGACAUUUAAUUUCAGUAUUGAAACGAAGGCCAGAUGGAGAAACGAAGUCAAGAAUAUUCCAUUCAUUCUUCAUCCUCGUUGGUCACUUUCUACUAUUUUGUCUUCAUUAUAAUUAAUUGCCAGCCUUGCCCCUGUAACCUGAAUUUAUCAGCUUCUUGUCUCCUGUACGGCCUCUUUUACGCCGACUUACAGUCUUCCUUGUUAUCACCAUCGAUCAGGCCUUCGAGGUCGACCAGAGCACUUCACUCAUCAGUUCUCUUGUAGACAACUCAACGUUGUGUAGACUAAUUAGCUGGAUUCCGCGGGCUGGUAUAUUACGCCUGAUCCGCGGCUCCCUAGUGGGGUCAUUAUAUAGUCACUGGCCCAGAUCGAUACUCGCUCGCGUCAAUCUCGCUUGUUCACCCAUCCUCAUCUUCGCUGUCACCCCCGUAUUCCAAGCCUGCCGGCAUGAACAGUUACGAACACCUAGAGAUCCAAUACCCAUGGUCUCCAUAUACCCCGCCCAUGUCCGCGCACGUCGGAUCAUUGCCACGUUCCUCGUCGCCAUGGUCCGACGACACGCCAUUCGUCGAGCGUGAACAAACUAUUUGCUCAGAUUUCACAUGUUGCGGGCUGUCUCUUAGAGACCUUCACUCAUUGGUGGAUCACUUCGAGGAAGCACAUGUCGUAGUGUUCGACAGCGCCGGGAAUGCUGUGUACCCGAACCCUAGCCCGAUACUUCGCGUUCUAGAUCACGAGAACGAGGGACCUUACAUGAGUUUAAGCUCCUGUGGCGUUCUUGACCCGAGCUCAUCUUGUUUCGAAUCUGUGUCUAAUUGGUCUUCGCCCUCUAUCAGUUCAGAGCCGAUCAGUCCUGUAGAGACGAGUUCAGAGGAAUGUCUACCACAAAACUCGUUCGCCAAGGUAAAGAGCAAGCCAGUUCGCACUGGAAAACGGGUCCAUCGACCUCGUCAACGAAAAAAGGACAAGACUUAUAACUGUCCACGCCCUGAUUGCACCAAAACGUACUUGAACGCAAACGGGUUGAAAUAUCACCUCGAAAAAGGUACUUGUAAAAAUGAGAUGCCGAUACCGGAGUUCUACCGCUAGUCCCAGGUGAGCCAAAGUUCACCUGAUCAUUGACUGGCCCCGCAUCUACGUGUAUAUCAAGGAUUCCUCCGCACCGAAGCAGGCUGAGCAACCCGCUUAGUACCCCACACUUGGAAUCCGCGGGAAUUCAGGGUCAAGACUACUACUACAAACGCCGGUGCUACCAACCAACGCCAGAAGCGGCUAUGUUAAUAGCGUACUUAGUACAUAGUGUACAUAUACUAAAUUCGUUCGCAAACCAGAUAUAUCCAGCAACUAUUAGACUGCAUCAGCCACAUUUCGCAUUGUGUACAAUUGACGUUGAAUUUCGCAGCGUACUGCGCCUGCAAUCGCGUCCGUUUCUUUCGCUU